UAAGGUGUCAGCUCCAGGAGGCAGCGUUUUUUUUUUUUUUCCUCCCUAGGCUGCUCUUGUCUCCAGAAGGUUCUGUGUGCCGGUUCUUUCGGUUUUGGGGGUACCCCGGCUCUGCAUCGCGCCGCCAUGAUGGGCCAUCGUCCCGUGCUCGUGCUCAGCCAGAACACAAAGCGGGAAUCUGGAAGGAAAGUUCAAUCAGGAAAUAUCAAUGCUGCCAAGACUAUUGCAGAUAUUAUCCGGACAUGUUUGGGGCCCAAGUCCAUGAUGAAGAUGCUUUUGGAUCAUGGAGGCAUCGUGAUGACCAAUGAUGGGAAUGCUAUUCUUAGAGAGAUUCAAGUCCAACAUCCAGCAGCCAAGUCCAUGAUUGAAAUUAGCCGAACACAGGAUGAAGAGGUUGGAGAUGGAACAACAUCAGUAAUAAUUCUUGCUGGGGAGAUGCUGUCUGUGGCAGAGCAUUUCCUGGAGCAGCAGAUGCACCCAACAGUGGUGAUCAGUGCGUACCGAAAAGCCCUGGAUGAUAUGAUUGGCACCCUGAAGAAAAUCAGUACCCCAGUUGAUGUAAAUAACCGAGAAAUGAUGCUGAACAUCAUCAACAGCUCCAUCACUACCAAAGCAAUCAGUCGCUGGUCUUCUCUGGCUUGCAGCAUUGCUCUGGAUGCUGUCAAAACUGUACAAUUUGAAGAAAAUGGCCGGAAGGAAAUUGACAUUAAGAAAUAUGCAAGAGUAGAAAAGAUACCUGGGGGCAUCAUUGAAGACUCAUGUGUCUUACGUGGAGUCAUGAUUAACAAGGAUGUAACCCAUCCACGAAUGCGGCGCUAUAUCAAGAACCCUCGCAUUGUGCUGCUGGAUUCUUCUCUGGAAUACAAGAAAGGAGAAAGCCAGACUGAAAUUGAGAUCACCCGAGAGGAAGACUUCACCCGAAUUCUCCAAAUGGAAGAAGAGUACAUCCAGCAACUGUGCGAGGACAUCAUCCGUCUGAAGCCUGAUGUAGUCAUCACAGAAAAGGGAAUUUCGGAUUUAGCUCAGCACUAUCUUAUGCGGGCCAACAUCACAGCUAUUCGAAGAGUCCGGAAGACAGAUAAUAAUCGUAUCGCCAGAGCCUGUGGAGCCCGCAUAGUCAGCCGGCCAGAGGAACUGAGAGAAGAAGAUGUAGGUACAGGUUCGGGCCUGUUGGAAAUCAAGAAGAUUGGAGACGAAUACUUCACGUUCAUUACUGAGUGCAAAGACCCAAAGGCCUGUACCAUUCUCCUCCGGGGAGCUAGCAAAGAGAUUCUCUCGGAGGUAGAGCGCAACCUUCAGGAUGCCAUGCAGGUGUGCCGCAACGUUCUUCUCGACCCACAGCUGGUCCCAGGGGGUGGGGCCUCGGAAAUGGCUGUGGCCCACGCCUUGACCGAAAAAUCUAAGGCCAUGACUGGUGUGGAGCAGUGGCCAUACAGGGCAGUAGCCCAGGCCCUUGAGGUCAUCCCUCGGACCCUUAUCCAGAAUUGUGGUGCUAGCACCAUCCGUCUCCUUACCUCACUUCGGGCCAAGCACACCCAGGAAAACUGUGAGACCUGGGGUGUAAAUGGUGAGGCAGGUACUUUGGUGGACAUGAAAGAAUUGGGCAUCUGGGAACCAUUGGCUGUGAAGCUGCAAACAUACAAGACAGCAGUGGAGACUGCAGUUCUGCUGCUGCGGAUCGAUGACAUCGUCUCCGGCCACAAAAAGAAAGGUGAUGAGCAGAGCCAGCAAGGAGGGGUACCUGAUGCUGGCCAGGAGUGAAUGGCAGACAAGGUGGCUUCAACGCACACAGCCAGCAUCGUCUCCCCUUCCCAAACCAGACGCCAGAGACACUGGACGCCUUUGUUUGGAAGGGAUCGGGUUGAGGGGCAGUCCAAUUCCUGUCUGUCCAGCUCAGUUUGCAAAAGGCACUGACAUGUCAUUCUUCUCUAUUGUAAGCUUUCCAUUUAGUUUGCUUCCAAUGAUUAAAUCUAAGUCAUUGGA